UGGGUUUGUACGAGAAGGUUUGAGUGGCACAAAAUGUCAUCGACGGUUACUGCAGUUGCAAUGAUAUUUUAAAACCUAAGGUGUUAAUAUAUAUUUUCUUGAUAUUUCUUAAUGUGUAAUCGUCACAUGAAAUUUCUGUUUCUCCUAAAGAAAAUAUCGAGCACAUUUGUAAGAUAGGACGUUUCGCCAUCGAACAAAGUGCUUUGAGAAUCCUCCGUGUGUUAGUGCGAAGGAUGUAUACCUUAACUUCGAACCCAAAAGUAGGCAUAACCGAAAAACAAAAGGUGAAAUACGACGUUGUGAAGGAAUCUGUGUUCACCCCGGGAUCGCCCACAAUAUCACUGAUGGACCGCCGGCCUUCUUCUCUACCGUCCACUGUCUCUGUUUCGGGUAGCAACGAUCAGGAUAUUUGCCGAAUCUGUCACUGUGAGGGAGAUAUAAAUAUGCCCCUCAUAUCUCCAUGCCCUUGUUCAGGAAGCUUGAGGUAUGUCCAUCAGGCUUGCCUUCAACAGUGGAUUAAAAGCUCCAAUACCCGAUGCUGCGAGCUGUGUAAAUUUGAGUUUAUUAUGGAAACCCAAGUAAAGCCAUUUCGAAAGUGGGAAAAGUUGAGAGUUUCUCCAGUAGAGCGACGGAAAAUCCUGUGUUCCAUCACAUUCCACGUAAUCGCCAUCACCUGCGUCGUGUGGUCACUUUAUGUCCUUCUAGAUCGAACUACAGAAGAAAUGAAUUCAGGUGUUUUGGAGUGGCCGUUUUGGACUAAAUUGCUUAUUGUUGCAAUAGGCUUUACUGGAGGCGUGUUUUUUAUGUACGUACAGUGUAAGAUGUAUACGCAGUUCUUUCAACGGUGGAGAUCUUACAAUCGCAUAAUAUUUGUCAAGAAUGCUCCCGAAAAUCCGACAGUUGCUAAGGGACUACUCUCUUCUACAACAGGAGAACCAGAAAGCACUGCAAGGUUUGAAGAGGUGCAUACGAAAGAAGUUUCACCAGUUGAGGAAUUCCACAGCUGUAAUAGUGGCAGUGUUAGUGUUUUGACAAGAAAUGAGAGUGAAGGUGUGGAAGACGAAAGUACCAUUGAUACUAAAAGCAACGCAUCUACAAACGAAGAAGAUCCCCUUAUUGUUACAGUAGUUACAGACGAAAAGCAAAGCCAUAACUCACGGAAGAUUGAAAAUGAAUUUAUGCCAUAAUCUGCUGAUAAUCAAUUAUGUUGAAACUGAUUUAUGGUAGAAAUUGUAAUAAAUAUCUAUCUCAAAGUAAAGAUAUAGCAACUCUAUGAAUUAACGUAUCAACUUGUUUUUAGGCAGUAGUCCGCCUAGUUCCGUAGUCUAAACGUGUUUUUUUUAAAUUAAACGUGGCUGUUGAAGAGUUUGAAUAUUUGUUUUAGAAAGUAAUCAGUUUCAGUAGAACAGAAUCGUUUUAUGAUUUACUUGAGUGGAAAUGCUGAAAUGUUAUAUUCUAGAAAGCAACUUCGAUCAAGUAUUUUGAAAUUAGAAAUCAAAUGUACUUAGAAAUGACAUUGAAUGUGUAGUUGUUAAAAUCUAAGCUUGCUUAAAUGACACUGAAUUCAGCAUUUAAUUUUCAAUUUGUGAGAACACGUAGAUUUUACGAUCUGCCAACUUUAAAGCUCUAAUUUACUCUUUAUCACUGGCAAUAUUAACAACCUAGUCAAUAUGCCAGUACGUUCGUUAACACGUGCUCGAAUUUGCGUGUUUGAGUUACAUAUCGUAAUUCGAAUGAUCUUGCAUUUUAAAACGCUAGGUUUCAGUAGUUCUGCGUGAGCGGUUAGUUUAAUAAAGCAUUUUUUUAGCAGUUUUUGUGAAUAUUUGCCCCAUUUGAAUUGUUCUUUUCUGUUAGUUGAAGUCAGCAUUAUAGAGUUAUUGCAUAGACAUCCCUUUUUUUCAACCAUAGAAUAGCUUUUUCAGACUUACUAACUGGUAUUCUUAAUUCAAUCAUGUACUUUAUAUUGUUUUUUUGUGUGUGUGUGUUUAUUUGCAAUCAGACCUUGUAAAUCUAUUGGAAUUGUUUGAUUAAUUCAUAUUCAUAACAUCGCUUUGUUUAAGUUUUACAAAUGUGUAUUGCGUAUGUAUUUAGAAAAACUAUAACGACUGAAAAAGAGGCGUCCUUUAAAUAUAUAUAAAUUAAACCUUUGUUAAUAUUUACUUUUCAACUGACUCUUAGGGCUCAAAGGCAAAUAAGUUGUUUCUGUUUUACAUUUAUUUGUACGUGUGACGAACUUGCAUGUUUCAAGUAACAUCAAAAUUGUUUAAUUUUAAUGACUUUCUUUUUGAGAAGAAACAAUAACUAGUAAGUUUCUUUACAAAGUUGUAACUCUUAAGUAUUUUGAAACCAAGAGAUUGUGAAAAAUUGGAUGUAUAUGCGCAGCAAAAAAAAAUAUGUAGUCUUCCUAACAAGCAAAAUUUUAAACAAUAUAGAACAAAAUAAAUUAGUAAAGAUGUAGAAGUGGUUUCAACGUUUGGUAUUUUCUUGGUAAAAAAAAAAGCUGAUUACACAACACAUGCAUAUUAGUUUAUCACUAAAGCAAGUAAAAAUAACAUUGCGAUCGAAAUGGUGACAUACAUAAAUAACAGAAGAGUGUACUCCUACACGAAGUAAUGAUUCAAAAUGUAAGUUGUUAGUUUCACUUGAGUUCAUCGUGUUCCGCAAUGGUACUAUAUUCGUAAUAUAUUCCAUGAAGUAUGGUAAUUAUCGCGCACUUGCAAACCAUUUCAGUAUUAGAAAACAUGCCAGUCUUUCGGAGUUAAGGAUAAGUUGUUUUGUUCUUAUUUUGUUUCCUCGCAAAUUGUGUAUUGGGAUUUGAUUUUGUUUUCUAUGUUUGUUCUUGAGCACAAAGCUGCACGGUGUAUUAGCUGUGCUGUUCCCAUCGCACGGAUCGAACGCCGAAUUUUAGCGUUAUAAGCCCUCAAACUUACUGUUGAAUCACCGGGAGGCUUGAAAAUUGUGUCGCUGUAUUUAUUGUACGAUUACUAAAAAAGUCUUGUGUGUCAUGACCACAAGUACAAAGUUAAUUUGUAUAUUAUUUUCAUGAUGUGUGUGUCUUGAUCUAAAAUUACGAAUGCCCCUGGAGACAGGUGGUGUUUUAUUCUUAAGGCACACAAAGACAUACAUACACUGUUAUAACCCGUAUAGAGCAUAUAUUGUGAAAGUGGUUUUUUCUCUAAAAUUUUACUUUUAAAGCGAAUCUAAGGAAAGAAAACUGCCACCUUUUCAAGCCAGGAAAUAUCAUACUGUGCUUUAUUUAAUGGUCUUGCAUCUUGUUGAUGUGGUAUUUCAAAAGAUAUCUACAAGAAACUGCAUAAACCAGGAAGAGUUAGUUCUUCAACUACGGAAAUGACGUAUAUAUAGAAAUUAGAAACUUACUUGGACAACGGGAAAUCGUAUAAGCCAUAUAUGUAAAACACUAGCCAUCCUUAUCCAGCGUUGUCCAGGUAUUACCUGAAGAGAAGGCCGAUAUUUAGCUAUUUUUAAACAGAAAAGAUCAAAAUUUCGCUUUUCAUGUAACAAUACGUGUCAAAUGCAUAA